UUUAAGCAAUACAGUAACACUGAAAGUGGGAACAUCAUAUAAUUAUUCGGCUGAAAUUUAUUUUCAGGAUGUUAUUGAAAACGACUCUGAUUUCUACACUCACGUCGUGUUGAUGUUAAAAAAUCGUCGUCUGGUUGUUGUGGUAAACUGUGAAAGAACUUAGUUCGGUGGCCAUCAGUAAUUUCGAUUCGUUCUUUUUGUGCCAUUGGUGUUGUAACAUGCAACGGGCUUCACAUUAAAAACCAAAAAUACUUUACAAAGUAAAAAAGAUACGUUUUAAUUGAGCAAUUUUUUACCACGGCACCUUGCUCGUUGUAAACAUGCAUAGCGUUUAUGGUCGUUUAUUGUCGCGUUCAAUAGUCAGUGGUUUGUACAACUGUUCCUCAUCAAGCAGCUCUAGUGGAACUCCCCGUGUGGCUAUUACAAAUGCUACAAAUGAAAAUGUGUCCUGCAAGUCCAUACCAAAAUUGGUUUCUGCUGUUGCUGGUUUCCCAAAAAGUUUCAAAUCUGGUAAAAUCCGUAAAGGCCAAAUAGGGGAUGAUGCUUGGCUUGUAAAAAAUGUAGACAGUGCAGAUAUUUUAGCGGUUGCUGAUGGUGUUGGGGGAUGGAGAGAUUAUGGUGUGGACCCAAGUGAUUUCUCAUUAUCGCUGCUGCGCUCCAUUGAAAGAAUAACCUCAGUUAGUAGUCCUUGUAACUUUCGAAAUCCUGUGGAUCUCUUAUCCGCCGCCUUCCGUGAAUUGCUUCAUUCGAAACGGCCAAUUACAGGCAGCAGCACUGCAUGUAUUCUUAUUUUGGAGCAUGAAUCAAAUAAUUUAUUUACAGUCAAUAUUGGAGAUUCUGGAUUUUUGGUGGUUAGAAAAGGCCAGGUGGUUCAUAAAUCUGAAGAACAGCAACAUUAUUUCAAUACUCCAUUUCAGUUGGCCUUACCUCCUCCGGGGCAUCAUGGCUCUGCAUUGAGUGAUAGUCCACAAUCUGCUAGCCAAAGUCAAUUUGCUGUGCAAGAUGGUGAUGUUAUUUUACUGGCGACCGAUGGGGUCUUUGACAAUGUUCCACAACCAGUACUUGUUGCGGAACUUAGCAAGCUAGGUGGAGUAAAAGAUCAGUUAUGUGUUCAACAAACAGCGAACAGCAUUGCGUUGAUGGCGAGAAACUUGUCCUUCGACGGGAGAUACAUGUCGCCGUUUGCUCAGAGAGCUCGGGAUUAUGGAAUUCGAGCUAUCGGUGGAAAACCUGAUGACAUAACGGUCCUUCUGGCAACGGUCGCGAUUUAAAAUAAAUAAAGCUCCGUUUACAGUUCUGUAGUCUGAGUGUUAGGCUCCACGAUUAUGGAUUAGCUUGUAAGUUGCUAUAUCCGUAAACAUUCAGAAAUGAAACCAGUCGUGAUUCAGAGUGAUGUUAGAUUAGACAUUGAAUGCUCACUGGUUUGUAAAUAAGUAGUUUCAAACACGUUAGAGUAAUAUCCCGAAAAAUUGCUAACGAACUCGGAAGCGAAUACCGAAUGUAAUACAAAACGCAAUUAAAACUGUG